AUGUCGAACUCACCAGUCGUCCUCAUUCUUGGCUCAGGCCCUCGCGUCGGCACCGCCGUGUCUGACGCCUUCGCCGCCAACGGCUACAAAGUCGCCAUCGCCGCCAGAAAGGGCACCGACUCCAAGACCGACAAGGGCUACCUCUCCCUCAAAGCCGACUUCAACAAACCAGACUCCCUCCCCGCCCUCUUCGAAGCCGUCAAGAAAUCUUUCGGCUCCGCGCCAAGCAUCAUCGUCUACAACGCCGCGGCCUUGACUCCUCCGCCAGACAAGGACUCCGCUCUGUCGAUCACCGUCGGCGCCUUCGCGGACAACCUCAACGUCAACGUCGUCAGCCCGUACGCUGCUGCUCAGGAGGCGAUCAAGGGCUGGAGCACGCUUCCAGCCGGCGGAAGCAAGCUGUUCAUCUACACCGGCAAUGCGCAGAAUCAGAUGAUCAUUCCAAUGCCGAUGAUGCUGAAUUUGGGCGUGGGCAAGGCGGCGUCGGCUCACUGGAUUGGUUUCGCGGAUGGUGCCUACAAGGCUCAAGGCUAUCGAUUCAUCUACGCUGACGAGCGCAACGCGGAUGGCAAGAUGAAGGGUAUGGAGCUUGAUGGUCCUACUCACGGCGAGUUCUACACGCAGCUCGCCAAGUCGACGGACGGUAUCCCAUGGGAGGCCACCUUUGUCAAGGGCAAGGGAUAUGUGUCCUUCAAGUAA